AUGCACUUCUUCACGCUCGCUUUCGUCGCUCUCACCGCCGUCGCCGGCGCGUCCGCCAUCGUCAUCCCCCACCGCCAUGCUCAUGUCGCCCGCCAGACCCCUCCUUCCACCUAUGCAGAGGGUUACCUUGAGGACUACAAGGUCUAUCACGCUAGGUACAUGGCUCUCGACUGCGAGGCUCAGCACAACACGACCUUCUUCGACAAGUGCUGCCACCCUCUCCUCGCUACCGAGACGCUCGCGAAGAAUCGCGCGCCCGAGUGCAAUCCGGCGAACCACGCCUCGUCUACGAAGACAAGUGCAGCUGCUCCUACGUCCACCGGCUCCUCGAGCGGUGACUUUACUGGCGGCCACGCGACCUUCUUCUACCAGGGUGGAAAUGCUGGUGCCUGCGGUCAGGUCCACCCCGACAGCGCGUUCAUUGCUGCUCUUCAGACCAAGCGCUACGGUGACCUCUCUCAGGAGUCGUCCAACUGCGGUCGCAAGAUCACAGCGACGAACACCAACAACGGCAAGAGCGUCACCGUCACCGUUGCUGACGCGUGCCCGACCUGCCCGGAGGAGAACGACCUCGAUCUCUCCUUCGCUGCCUUCACCUCCAUCGCCACCGAGGAGGAGGGUGAGGUCCCCAUUGUCUGGCACUUUGACUAA